CCGCCGCAAUCGCGGUGCCAUCCAUAGUUAUCAUUUCCUUCGAAAGAAACCGAAAACCAAAACAUGAAGAAUCUUUGUUUUUAUUUGGGACUUUUUCUAACCCUCUGCCAGAUUCACCUGUUGCAGGCGACCAAAAACAAGAGCUGCACGGUAAUGGUGAAAGAAUUGGGUGAUGCCCAAAGCAAGUUCAUCUACUGCGCCACAGUAAAGUCUGUGCCCGUGAAUCUCUGUGUCGGAUGCAAGGACCUCUACCAUAAUCUUCAGGUAGAAUAUGGAGCCUUAACAGCGGAUGCGAAUUGUUCUCAGCUGUAUCUGAACUCGGAUCGCAUAAAAAUAGUAGCUACCACGCAAGGAAUCCUCACUGGACUGUGGGAUAAGGCCAACUGUGAUGACUGCUUCAUUAGAAACAAUUCGGUUACAUACGACAUGCUCUCCACUACCUUACGCGAUUGCCUUCAUUCGAAUAAGCAAAAUGUUUGCAUCGCCUGCAAGGUAGCCUAUUUGGAUUUAAACAACUUCUACAUGGACAUGGAAAAGGGAAGCAAGGGCAAAGUCUGCUUCGAUCUACAGGAUAAUAUGAAUCGCACUCGUCUCAACUGGUCGAAGGAUCUCAAGUGCUGCCAGCGAGAAGUCAAGCUGAUUAAUUUUCUGAUUGCCGUGGGUGUGGUUGUACUAUUCCCCAUAGUCACGUUCUAUGUCACAGCGAUUGUAGUAACCAAACGGCGUGAAGCAAACCACGAGCUUCUGAACGAGCUGGAACCCGAAUUGGAUGCCCCCUCCACAUCGGCUCUUAUUACCGCAGCAGUUUUAUCUACACGAACCGAACCUUCCUAUGAAAUCUCCGCCAGAAACGAGAAAAUAGCCGAUGUGUUGCAACGAACCGUGGAUGGCAAUCCAUUGGACGACUCGGACUCUGAUAACGCGCUUGUGAAACGUAAAGUAGCAAGAAGAAGUCAUCCUGAUUCCGAAACAGACACGUCAAGCGAUGAUGAGCCACACUUGAGUGCGGAAAAUCGAAAUGCCAAGAGGUCUGAUUACUCUAGUGACGACGAGCCUAUUGUGAAGCCAAGGAGGUCGUAAUUAUAUGACGCAUUAUAAUUUUUGGAAAUAUUUUUUAGGACUCUACAUGCCAGACGGUUACAUUUUUAAACCACUGGCUGGUACCAAAAAUAAUAUAUUUUUCUAUACCUAAUAUAUAGUAUAUUAUACAUACAUAUGCCAUGUGCGUACGCGUGAUAUCAUAUUAAAGUUUAAUGUAAUGUUUUUAUAA